GUUGACACUGCUGGUUGGUUGGAGAGAACAGAGCGAGACAAAGGACCAGCAUCUUUGAGCAUCAUGCAAUCGAGAAAAAGUCUUAUGCGGGCACAUGUUAUUGCUUUAGUUCUUGAUGCCGAAGAGAUCAUAAAAGCUAGAUGUAGUAUGACACAUUCGGAAGUAGUUAUAGCUAGACGUGCUGUAGAAGAAGGACGUGGUCUAGUCGUAAUCGUUAACAAAAUGGAUCGACUAAGAGGGAAAGAGAACUCUGAGAUGUACAAGAAGAUCAAAGAAGCUGUUCCCAUUGAAAUACAGACAGUUAUUCCUCAGAUAACUGGAAUACCAGUCGUGUUUAUCUCUGCAUUAGAGGGAAGAGGACGUAUGGAAGUGAUGAAAGAAGUCACUGACACGUACAAGAGAUGGUGUUCAAGACUUUCCACAGGCCGCCUCAAUCGCUGGUUGCGUAAGGUUAUGAGCCGACAUUCUUGGAAAGACACAGCUUCGCAGCCAAAGAUCAAGUUUUUUACUCAAGUGAAAGCUCGACCACCGACUUUUGUAGCGUUUGUGAGCGGUAAAACGCAGUUAUUGGAAAGCGACAUAAG